UGGCUGAAGGUUUCAUGUUCUGUGUGAUCGCUUUAGUUUUUAUUUCCAUUUUCAUUUAAGAGACAUUUUUAUAAAGCGUCAGAAGAUGUUUCGAUGUGUUCGGUUUGGAAAAAGGCUUGCGACGAGGAUGGGAUUCGAACCCACGCGUGCAGAGCACAAUGGAUUAGCAGUCCAUCGCCUUAACCACUCGGCCACCUCGUCUUGUAGAAGAACUAGCACGCAAUAUCAUUCCUUAUCUUCAGCGUUAACCCUCAGAGUAAAGAUGGUGGACUCACAGUACUACCUCCCAAAUGACAUUGGCAUCUCUAAACUUGACUGUAGAGAGGCCUUUCUCUUGCUCUCACCUCAGGAGAAGAUGUAUUCCCACUACCUGUCCCGUGCAGCUUGGUAUGGUGGCCUGGUAGUGCUGCUGCAGACAUCCCCAGAGUCUGCAAAUAUUUUUGUUUUGCUGCAGAGAAUCUUCAGGAAGCAAAAGCCUGAACAGUUGGAACAAGUUGCUGCAGAAGCUGGACUCAAUUCUGAGGAAUACACGGCUUUCUUGGUGUAUGCAGCAGGUGUGUAUGCCAACAUGGGAAACUAUAAAUCUUUUGGAGACACCAAGUUCAUCCCAAAUCUGCCUAAGGAAAAGCUGAAAGCUCUUGUGUGGGCCAGCCAGGCUUUUCAGGAGCAGCCUGCUGAGAUGCAGGCUCUGUGGGACAGCUGCUCACACCUCCUCUACUCUCUGGAAGACCGACAGAAACAACUGGGGUUGGGUGACAAGGGUAUUACCACCUACUUUUCAGGAAACUGCUGCCUAGAGGAUGCUGAACUGACUCAGAAGUUCCUUGACUCAAAAAAACUGUCUGCUUACAACACCCGUCUGUUUAAGAGAGACAAUGGAGGGAAAACAUCUUAUGAAGUGCGCUUGGCUUCAGCUGUGCUGAAAGACUGUGCGGUGGAAGGAGAAUGCAGCUCGUGCUGUGGCAGUUUCACCUUCGAAGACAAAGAAUUCACAGUGAAAAGAGGAGACUAUGCUCCUCUCAUGGAGAAAGUCUGCCAUUAUCUUCAACAAGCAGAGGCUUACGCUGCCAACGACAAUCAGAAAAAAAUGCUUGAAGAGUACAGGCGCAGCUUUACUUUUGGCUCAGUCGAAGCACAUAAGGAGGGCUCACGCUAUUGGAUCAAAGACAAAGGACCAAUUGUGGAGAGUUACAUAGGUUUCAUUGAGAGCUAUAGAGACCCGUUUGGCUCCAGAGGAGAGUUUGAAGGUUUCGUUGCAGUCGUGAACAAGGCCAUGAGCGAGCGUUUUGCCAGUCUGGUGAGCUCAGCGGAGGUCUUGCUCCCUGAGCUGCCUUGGCCCAGGGAGUUUGAGAAAGACACCUUCCUCAAACCUGACUUCACCUCACUGGACGUUCUUACCUUUGCUGGGAGUGGAAUACCAGCUGGCAUCAAUAUCCCUAACUAUGAUGACAUCAGACAGUCAGAGGGAUUUAAAAACGUGUCCCUAGGCAACGUGCUGGCUGUAGCUCAUGCUACACAAAAAGAAAAACUUACCUUCCUGCAGGAGGAAGACAAGGAUUUGUUUAUCAAGUGGAAGGGGCCUUCAUUCGAGGUACAGGUCGGCCUGCAUGAGCUGCUGGGUCAUGGAAGUGGCAAACUGUUUGUCCAGGAUGACAAAGGCAAGUUCAACUUUGACAAGAGUAAGGUGAUCAACCCAGAGACCGGAGAGGAGGUUUCCAGUUGGUACCAGGACAGCGAGACCUGGGAUAGUAAGUUCUCCACAAUUGCAUCGUCUUAUGAAGAGUGUCGUGCCGAGUGUGUCGGACUCUAUCUGUGUCUGAACAAGCAGGUUCUCAGUAUUUUUGGCCAUGAAGCCCAGGAUGCAGAAGAUGUGGUGUAUAUUAACUGGCUCAGCAUGGUCAGAGCUGGAUUGUUGGGCCUGGAGUUUUAUACGCCUGAGAGCAAGAGCUGGAGACAGGCUCACAUGCAGGCUCGCUUCGUGAUCCUGCGUGUUCUGCUGGAGGCCGGGGAGGGUCUGGUGGGCCUCGAGGAAGUGACAGGUCCCGACGGAAACCCAGAUGCACGCAUCACACUGGACCGCAGCAGGAUCCGCACCGUGGGCAAGAACGCCAUCCACAGGUUCCUUUGUAAACUGCAGGUUCUUAAAUCGACAGCGGAUGUGGAAGGAGGCAGAGCCCUGUACGACAAGUACUCCACCGUCAGUGACACCGGCGCUCACAACUUUCUGCGUCUCCGUGAGACGGUCCUGCUGAGGAAAGAAGCCCGAAAGCUGUUUGUCCAGGCCAACACCAGAAUCAAUGGGGACAGUGUGGAGCUGGUGGAAUACGAAGGCAGCCAGGCUGGUUUAAUUAACUCCUUCACUGAGCGCUUCCAAGACGACGCCGAGCAGCUGGAGGCUGACCUUUUAGAGAUGAGCAAAAACGACGCAGCCUGCUGGUGUUGAUGGACGCCUGCUCUAUGGGCUUAAAAAUAUCAACUCGAAUUGUAUUUUUAACCAUAUGUGAUAGCAAAGUGAUUCUUAAUGGAUGUUAAAUCACAGUGAUUCAAGAUGAUAAAGAGACCUCAUUAUACUUUAAAUAAAGCCAUAGGACAAACACAGACCUGCCAAAGAUCCCAGCCUCUCUUUCCAGCCACUACCCAAAUUCUGUCUUUGAUAACUAGAAUAACUAUAAAUACAUAAGCUGAUGAUUGCAACAUAAUAAAUACUGCCCUGACCAGGUCUAACUGACAGGCAGUGAUGUGACUCUCUAAAGCUAGGUAGAAUGUUUGUCCAGCUUUAGUUUUGAUGAUUUGACAGCUUAAGACGGUUACCUAGCAGCUGUUAUGGUUUAACACAGACCUCAGCAAAUGAUAGGCUUUAUUUUGACGGGUUUGGUUUAAAGAUGGCUGUGUCUUGAAGAACUCACUAAUUAAGAAAUGUGUUGUUGGAUAUGCACAAAUAAAAACUGUUUGAUAAGA